AUGAGUCUUUGGUGUGAUAAACAUCGUCCAAAAACUUUUGAUAAACUUGAUUAUCAAUUAGAACAAGCAGCAUUAUUACAAACAAUUGUAGCUAAUGGUGAUUUUCCUCAUUUUCUAAUUUUCGGUCCUAAUGGUUCAGGUAAAAAAACUCGAAUACAAUGUUUACUUCAUGCUUUAUAUGGUGAUGGUAUACAAUCUUUACGUAUUGAAAAUCAUGAAUAUGAAACACCAUCACGAAAAAAAAUCGAAAUAACUACUAUUGGUAGUAAUUUUCAUAUACAAGUUAAUCCAAGUGAUGUUGGUAUUUAUGAUCGUGUCGUUAUUCAAGAGUUAAUUAAAACAAUUGCACAAACGAAACAAAUAAAUAUCAGCGAACAACGAACAUUUAAAGUUAUUGUUCUUGUUGAAGUUGAUAAAUUAACACGAGAUGCUCAACAUGGUCUUCGUCGUACAAUGGAAAAAUAUGUUAGCUCAUGUCGACUUAUACUAUGUUGUAAUUCGACGUCACGUGUUAUACCCGCUAUUCGAAGUCGAUGUUUAGCUAUAAGAGUUGCCGCACCAACUAUUGAUGAAAUAAGUAAAAUAUUAAAAAAAGUAUCGAAUUUUGAAGGAAUUCAAUUACCAACUGAUUUAGCAAAUCGUAUUGGUGAAAAAAGUCAAAGAAAUCUUCGAAAAGCUUUACUUAUGCUUCAAACAUGUGCAACACAAAAAGUUCCAUUAACAAAAGAUCAGCCAAUCAUGGAACCAGAUUGGGAAAUAUAUUUACGUGAUACAGCACGAAUGAUUGGUGAACAACAAACGCCUCAACGGAUUUUAGAAGCACGUGAACGUCUUUAUGAAUUAAUUGCACAUUGUAUUCCAGCAGAAAUUAUUUUUAAAGGUUUACUUGAAGAAUUAUUAGCUAAUUGUGAUGAUGUAUUAAAAAUUCAAAUAACACAAAUAGCUGCUGAAUAUGAACAUCGUCUUCGACAAGGUUCAAAAGAAAUCUUUCAUCUUGAAGCAUUUAUAGCAAAAUUUAUGUGUAUUUAUAAACAACAUAUGCAAUCAAUGGCUUCUGGUCUUGAUGAAGAUUUUGAUUAA